UACUCACACCGAGUCCAGUCAAGGCGAGUUAUCUAUCCGAGUUGGAGGCAACCACCGACUAUACCACGCCCUUAUUCCAUUUCCCAAUCAGUUUCUUUUCCCGCUACGAAGUUACCGAUCCACGCCUCCAUCUCUCCGAUUCCCAGAAAACAAAAACCAGAAUACCGAAAUCCCCAUCCCCAAACACCAAUCAACCAACGAACCGAACACUGAACCCUGGCGCCGGACAUCUGGAAACGUCUAUUCCCGGCGCGAACCCGGAGGCCUCUCCCAAUCAUUCCGCAAGUCGGGAUAACCCGCCGAUUCAAUCCCCGAAUGGAAAUGAACCUAUUCAGGCUUUGCUCUGGCCUCAGAGUCCUCGGCUACUUCAUGAUCCUCCUCGUCACCGCAAUUAUCGGCGUCAGUUACUACGCCGUCGUCUUGCUCACCUGGGGCCCACAGUUACUCCGCGGCGGAUUCCACUCCUUUUUAUCCGUCGCCAUCAUCAUUACAUUCCAUGUUCUGCUUAUACUUUUAUUAUGGAGUUAUUUUAGGGUAGUGUUUAAGGACCCUGGCUCUGUACCUGCAAAUUGGAGACCGGUUUCCCCGGAGGGAAAUUUGGAGGUUGGUAGUUCUUUUGCAGCAGCGGAUGGUGGAUUGGAGAGAGCACGUGGUGGUUAUUGCAGCCAUUGCCAGAAUGGGAAGCCACCACGGUGCCAUCAUUGUUCUGUUUGUCAAAGAUGUGUUCUCAAGAUGGACCACCAUUGUGUAUGGGUGGUGAAUUGUGUUGGAGCACGCAACUACAAGUUUUUUCUUCUUUUCUUGCUAUAUACAUUUUUGGAGACAACAAUGAACACCAUAGUAUUGCUGCCAAGUUUUAUCAAUUUCUUUGAUGAAGCCAAGAAUCACUCCUCCGGUCCUGCCAAUUUAGCAAUAAUAUUUUUGGCCUUUGUUCUCAAUUUGGCGUUUGCUCUGAGUCUUCUUUGUUUCCUAGUCAUGCACGCAUCUCUUCUUUCAAGCAACACGACAUCAGUAGAGGUUCAUGAGAAGAAAGGAGCAGUCAGGUGGAAAUAUGACUUGGGCAGGAAAAAGAAUUUUGAGCAGGUAGCGAAAGGGGGUAUUUCUUCUCUCUAUAUGGACGACAUAUUCCAACUUUCUCAUGAGUCAUUUUCCUUGCUCAAGGUAUUUGGCACGAAGAAAACUUUGUGGUUCCUCCCAUUGUUCUCAGAAGAUGAUUUAGACAACAUACCAGCACUUCAUGGCAUAGAUUUUCCAACACGUUCAGAUGUUGAGGCUUGAGGUUUUGUUGUCAAAGCGACUGCCCAUGAUCAUAUUGCAUUGUCAUGAUUAUGUUUAAAUGUUAAAGUUGGAAAAGAUAUACCUCGCAUUAUGUUUGCUUCCAUAAUGUCAUGAUAUUCGCUUGAAGUGUAUGUGAAUAAAAGUUUUAGUGCAGAGACA